AUGAAACUGGUAUUGAUUGUUGCUACUGUGAUUGCGCUUCUCGGCAUCCACCUUGAAGGAACAGAAGGAAUGCCCAUUUACCAUCCUAGAAAUCAUCCAAACAAUCGCCGUCCUACAAACCAUUCAACGGUUCGCCGGCCUAACAAGUAUUACAAACCUCGUACACGGGCGCCGCAAAAGCUGUCUCCGCAAGCUAAAAAACACGCAAGUCGGGUAGCCGCCGUCGCCACAAUGACAUCCUAUUCUGGGGUUGGUCUGAAUGCAUACUAUGACACCGACUACCAAUAG